AUGGCUGCGCCCGCCGCGGCCAAGCGCCCAUACUGGCAGGCCCCCGCCGCCGCCGCAGCUGAGCCCAACAAACGGCACCGCACGGCCGCGGCACCGGCGCUCAUGGACGCGAAGCCGGAGCCGGAGCAACACGAACAGGAGGAGCAGCCCCUGCUCCCUGGCCUGCCGGACCACCUCGCCCAGCUCUGCCUGGCCCCGCUCCCGCCCCGGCUCCUGCACGCCGUCUGCCGCCCCUGGCGCCGCCUGCUCUACUCGCCCUCGUUCCCGCCGUUCCUCUCGCUCUACGCGGUCCUCGACGACGCCUCCGCUUCCACCGGCGGCGUCUCGUUCGCGGCCUACGACGCCGUGGCGGGGCGGUGGGACGACCUGCCGGCGCCGCCGAUGCCGUCUUCGCCGCCGAGGCUAUGGCACCCGUCCUUCCUCUCGCGGCGGCUCCCGCUCCAGUCCGUGGCCGCGGGGGGCCGGCUCGUCGUCGUGGCCGGGUCCACGCGGUCGCUGGCCCCGGCGCUGCCCCGCCCCGUGGUCUUCGACCCGGCCGCGCGCGCGUGGCGGCUCGGCCCGCGGUUCCCGUUCGCGCCGCGCCGGUGGUGCGCGGCGGGCGCGGCACGCGGGCGCGUGUUCGUGGCUGGCGGGGUCGGCGCCGGCUACGACGCCAGCGACGCCCGGUCCGGCGCCACGUGGGACCCUGCGUCCGCGCCGGCGUCCGCGGCGGGGUGGGAGCCGAUCCCGCCCAUGCGGGACGCGCGGUUCAGUCGCGACACCGCGGAGGCCGUCUGCGCCGCGGGGAAGGUGUGCAUGGUCAGCCUCCGCGGCCGCGGCGCCAAGGAAGGCGCGGUGUUCGACCUGCGCGCCGCAAGGUGGGAGGACAUGCCGCCCGGGAUGCUCGCGGGAUGGAAAGGCCCGGCGGCCGCCGUCCCGGUCGGCGGCGAUGAGGAGACGACGAUCUUCGUGGUGGACGAGGAGCGUGGGGCGCUGAGCGCGUAUGACUGGGCCGGGGACCGGUGGCGGACGGUGGUGGAGUCGGAGCGGCUCAAGGGCGCCGCCGAGAUGGCGGCGGGCGGGGGCCGAGUGUGCGUGGCGGCCCAGGGCGGCGAGAAGGUGGUCGUGGUCGACGAGGCGCCCAGCAGGCCUUCGCCGCCGCCGCCCUCACGGCGGUGGGGUGCCCCCGCCGCCGCCGCCGCGGCGCCCCGGCCCUGUCCCCGCGUGUGGGAGGUGGAGACGCCGCCCGGGAAGCGGAUUGUGUCGCUGCACAUGAAUGGAAAGGAUCGCAACGCGAGGAGGGGGAAUGUCCACGACUGGCGACUUGUCGGUUCUUUCGCGGCGGGCGGCGACCGGAUCUUCGUGGUGGACGAGGAGCGUGGGGCGCUGAGCGCGUAUGACUGGGCCGGGGACCGGUGGCGGACGGUGGUGGAGUCGGAGCGGCUCAAGGGGGCCGCCGAGAUGGCGGCGGGCGGGGGCCGAGUGUGCGUGGCGGCCCAGGGCGGCGAGAAGGUGGUCGUGGUCGACGAGGCGCCCUGCAGGCCUUCGCCGCCGCCGCCCUCACGCCGGUGGGGUGCCCCCGCCGCCGCCGCCGCGGCGCCCCGGCCCCGAGUGUGGGAGGUGGCGGCGCCGCCCGGGAAGCGGGUUGUGUCGCUGCACGUACUGCCGCGGAUGGCGAGCGCUGAGUAG